AUGAGCGGCAAGAACAUGAUCACGCUGGAGGAGGGCUGGGACCAGGAGAUCAAGCCCAAGGCCAUCGACGUGCUGCUGGACAUCCUGGACAAGGGCUUCGACCAGGUGAAGGUGUCGCCCUUCCCGCCCAACGCCUUCAUGCCCAUCUACACGACGUGCUACAACAUGUGCACGCAGCGCUCGCCGUACAACUUCUCAGAGCAGCUCUACGACCGCCACGGCCAGACGUUCGACGCAUACCUGGAGAAGAAGGUGCUGCCCAGUCUGGAGCAGGCCCACGACGAGUUCUUCCUGCAGGAGCUGGUCAAGCGCUGGACCAACCACAAGCUCAUGAUGAAGUGGAUGACGCGCUUCUUCAUGUACCUGGACCGCUACUACGUCAAGCACCACUCGCUCCCGACGCUGGACGACGCCGGGCUGCAGAGCUUCGACCGCAUGGUCUUCCAGAAGGUCAAGGUGCGCGUCAAGGACGCCAUGAUCGAGCUCAUCGAGAAGGAGCGCAACGGAGAGAUCAUCGACACGGCGCUCAUGCGCAACUGCGUCGAGAUCUUCGAGGUCAUGGGCAUGAAGUCCCUGGACGUGUACCAGAGCUGUCUGGAGACGGACCUCGUGGCCACGAGCGCCACGUACUACGAGCGCAAGUCCAAGGGCUGGCUCAGUGAGGACUCGACGCCCGUGGUGUUCGUGUUCUCGUACCUGACGGACAAGGAUCUCUUCGCUGAGAUCUACCGUAACCAGCUGGCCAAGCGUUUGCUGAAUCAGCGAUCUGCUUCUGCCGACGCUGAGGUGCUUAUGAUCGGAAAGCUGAAGCUGCGCUGCGGUGCACAGUUCACGGGUAAGAUGGAAGGUAUGAUGAAUGACCUGGCCAUCGGCAGCGAUCACCACCAGGAGUUCGAGGGCUUCUUGAAGAAGCAGCGUGAGAGCGACUCGAACGAGGCUGCGUUGAACCUCGAAUUCAGCGUGCAGGUGCUGACGACGGGUUACUGGCCGUCGUACCGCAUCCUGGAGGUCACAAUGCCGCCGCUUAUGGUUCGAUGCAUGAACCUCUUCAAGGUGUACUACGACUCAAAGACGAGCCACCGCCGGCUGCAGUGGGUGCACUCGCUUGGUAAUGCGACGAUCCGUGCCAACUUCCCCAAGAAGAAAUGGUAUGACCUGCAGGUGACAACGCUGCAGGCUGUGGCGCUGCUGCUGUUCAACGAAGGCGAGGGUUCGCUCUCGUUCGAGGCCGUGCGGGAGUCGCUGAACUUGACUGUGGAUGUGGUGAAGCGUAUUAUGCACUCGCUGUCGUGCGGCAAGUACAAGCUGCUGACGAAGACGCCUGCUGGUAAGACGAUCUCGACCAGCGACGGGUUCACCGUGAACCGCACAUUUGCCUCGCCCAUGCGUAAGCUGCGCAUUCCCAUGGCCUCCCUGGAGGAAAGCCACAGCCAGAAGAACGUGGAGGAGGACCGCAGCAUAGCCAUAGAAGCCGCUAUCGUGCGUAUCAUGAAGGCGCGUAAAACGCUGCAGCACCAGCAGCUAAUUUCGGAGGUGCUGAGCCAGCUCGCGUUCUUCAAGCCGAACCUGAAGGUCAUCAAGCGCCGUAUUGAGGCUCUCAUCGACCGUGAGUACCUUGAGCGCGACCCCGAUCAAGCCAACACGUACCGCUACCUCGCAUAAGCUACUUGCCGAGUUUACUGGGCCCCCCGUAAGGCGCGACGAUGAACAGGAACUGGUUCGAUUUAUGGGCGCAAUAAAGGUGUCUGUCGUUGGUCAUGAUAUC